ACUGAACUUCCUGAGGAGAAUGAAGCAGGAGGAGCUGGCUGAUCGUCUGCAGAUCAAACAUUUUGCUCCAGUUUGCCGACGUGAACUUAGAUCUAGUCUGAAGGAGAAGUUCCAGUGUGUGUUUGAGGGGAUUGCUAAAGCAGGAAACUCAACUCUUCUGAAUGAGAUCUACACAGAGCUCUACAUCACAGAGGGAGAUACUACAGAGGUUAAUGAUGAACAUGAGGUCAGACAGAUUGAAACAGCAUCCAGGAAACUAGACAGACCAGAAACAACCAUCAGACCAGAAGACAUCUUUAAAGCCUCGCCUGGAAGACAUGGACCAAUCAGAAGAGUGAUGACAAAGGGAGUGGCUGGCAUUGGGAAAACAGUCUUAACACAGAAGUUCACUCUGGACUGGGCUGAAGACAAAGCCAACCAGGACAUCCACUUCAUAUUUCCAUUGACUUUCAGAGAGCUGAAUGUGGUGAAAGAGAGAAAGUUCAGCUUGGUGGAACUUGUUCAUCACUUCUUCACUGAAACCAAAGAAGCAGGAAUCUGCAGCUUUGAAGACUUCCAGGUUGUGUUCAUCUUUGACGGUCUGGAUGAGUGUCGACUUCCUCUGGACUUCCACAACGCUGAGAUCCUGACUGAUGUUACAGAGUCCACCUCAGUGGAUGUGCUGCUGACAAACCUCAUCAGGGGGAAACUGCUUCCCUCUGCUCACCUCUGGAUAACCACACGACCUGCAGCAGCCAAUCAGAUCCCUCCUGAGUGUGUUGACAUGGUGACAGAGGUCAGAGGGUUCAAUGACCCCCAGAAGGAGGAGUACUUCAGGAAGAGGUUCAGAGAUGAGGAGCAGACCAGCAGCAUCAUCUCCCACAUCAAGACAUCACGAAGCCUCCACAUCAUGUGUCACAUCCCAGUCUUCUGCUGGAUCUCUGCUACAGUUCUGGAGGAUGUGUUCAAAACCAGAGAGAGAGGAGAGCUGCCCAAGACCCUGACUGAGAUGUACAUUCAUUUCCUGGUGGUUCAGACCAAAGUGAAGAAGGUCAAGUAUGAUAGACGGUCUGAGACAGAUCCACACUGGAGUCCACGGACCAGGAAGAUGAUUGAGUCUCUGGGAAAACUGGCUUUUGAUCAGCUACUGAAAGGAAACCUGAUCUUCUAUGAAUCAGACCUGACAGAGUGUAGCAUCGAUAUCAGAGCAGCCUCAGUGUACUCAGGAGUGUUGACACAGAUCUUUAAAGAGGAGAGAGGACUGUACCAGGACAAGGUGUUCUGCUUCGUCCAUCUGAGUGUUCAGGAGUUUCUGGCUGCAGUCUACAUGAUCCACUGUUACACCAACAGGAAGACAGAGGUGCUGGAGGACUUCCUGGGACAAAACUACAAUGACUCAACUCUGGAUGUCUUCCUGAACAGAGUCAUGGAGAAAUCCCUGCAGAGUAAAAAUGGUCACCUGGACCUGAUGGUUCGCUUCCUUCAUGGCGUCUGUCUGCAGUCCAACCAGAGACUGUUAAGAGGUCUGCUGGGUCAGACAGAGAUCAGUCCAGAAAUCAUCCAGAGAGCCAUCAACAACCUGAAGAAGAUGAACAUGUCCAACAUUUCUCCUGACAGAAACAUCAACAUCUUCCACUGUCUGAUGGAGAUGAACGACCUCUCAGUUCAUCAGGAGAUCCAAGAGUUCCUGAAGUCAAAGAACAGAUCAAAGAAGAAACUCUCUGAGAUCCACUGCUCAGCUCUGGCCUACAUGCUGCAGAUGUCAGAGGAGGUUCUGGUUGAGGUGGACCUGAAGAAGUUCAACACAUCAAAGGAGGGACGACAGAGACUGAUUCCAGCUGUGAGGAACUGCAGAAAGGCUCAGCUUUCUCAGUGUGGACUCUUAGAGAGUCACUGUGAAGUUGUGGCCUCAGCUCUGAAGUCCAACCCCUCCCAUCUGAAACAUCUGGAACUGAAUUACAAUGAGCUGCAGGGUUCAAGAGUGAAACAUCUGUGUGUUGGACUGGAGAGUCCAAACUGUAAACUGGAGACUCUGAGACUGAGCUCCUGUGGUUUGUCAGAGAUCAGCUGUGAUUCUCUGGUCUCAGCUCUGAAGUCCAACCCCUCCCAUCUGAAACAUCUGGAUCUGAGUCACAACAAGCUGAAGGAUUCAGGAGUGAAACAUCUGUGUGGUUUUCUUGAGAGUCCAGACUGUAGACUGGAGACUCUGAGAUUGAGUCUCUGCAGGUUGUCAGAGAUCAGCUGUGAUUCUCUGGUCUCAGCUCUGAAGUCCAACCCCUCCCAUCUGAAACAUCUGGACCUGAGUUACAGCAAGCUGAAGGAUUCAGGAGUGAAACAUCUGUGUGGUUUUCUGGAGAGUCCAGACUGUAGACUAAAGAGACUGAGAUUGAUUAACUGCAGUUUGUCAGAGAUCAGCUGUGAUUCUCUGGUCUCAGCUCUGAAGUCCAACCCCUCCCAUCUGAAACAUCUGGACCUGUGUUACAACAACCUGAAGGACCCAGAUGUGAAGCAGCUUCUUGAUCUUGUGAAGAGUCCAGACUGUAGACUGGAGACUCUGAGCUGGAAGCCAUCACUGUAAACAGGACGGUAUGUGAGCUGAGAGAGGAUGAGCUGAGUCCUGAUGAAGGAAGAAUUAGUAACAUAUUGUAUAAAUAUGAUAAAAACGACUUUAUUUUAUAUGCUAGACUGAAUAGAAUCUUCGAAGAACGUUUGGAUAAAGGUUUUCAAUUUUAAGACACUUAAGUUUUUAUAAUGUAGCAUACCUGCACUGAUAUGUUCAUAUCAAUUUCACACAUAACUAUUUGUAGUAAAAUUGUCUUGUAAUUGUUUGAUUUUUUUUUCAUAUGCGUCUUGUUUUUGUUCGUUUUUGCAGUGUAUCAUCUAUUAGUGUAGUAGUAGUAUAAUGUAUAUCCCAGUUGUCAUUUCUUACAGUGUAAAUAAACGUUUCUGAAGCUUGA